UUCGUCUUCUACAUCACGCGCGCACACUCACUCACUCUCUCGUUAGCAACUCGCCAGCCUGAAAUCAAUUUUGUGGUUCUGAUUCAUGGCCACUCAAGGUCAAGUCAUCACUUGCAAAGCGGCGGUGGCCUGGGAACCCAACAAGCCCUUGGUGAUCGAGGAUGUGCAGGUGGCUCCGCCGCAGGCCGGGGAAGUCCGAGUUAAGGUUCUCUUCACUGCUCUCUGCCACACCGAUGCUUAUACGUGGAGCGGCAAGGAUCCUGAAGGUCUCUUCCCAUGUAUCCUUGGUCAUGAAGCUGCAGGUAUAGUGGAAAGUGUUGGUGAAGGUGUGACUGAGGUGCAGCCUGGAGACCAUGUUAUUCCUUGCUAUCAGGCAGAAUGCAAGGAGUGCAAGUUUUGCAAAUCGGGAAAGACCAAUCUUUGUGGAAAAGUGAGGAGUGCUACUGGAGUUGGAAUCAUGAUGAAUGACCGCAAGAGCCGAUUUUCAGUCAAUGGAAAGCCCAUCUAUCACUUCAUGGGAACCUCUACGUUCAGUCAAUACACAGUUGUCCAUGAUGUUAGUGUUGCUAAGAUUGACCCAAAGGCUCCUUUGGACAAAGUCUGUCUUCUUGGCUGUGGUGUUCCAACAGGUCUUGGAGCAGUUUGGAAUACUGCAAAAGUUGAAGCAGGUUCUAUUGUUGCCGUCUUUGGCCUUGGGACUGUUGGGCUUGCUGUGGCAGAGGGUGCUAAAGCUGCUGGUGCCUCACGAGUCAUUGGGAUAGAUAUCGAUAGCAAAAAGUUUGACACAGCUAAGAAUUUUGGUGUGACUGAAUUCAUCAAUCCAAAAGACCAUGACAAACCAAUACAGCAGGUUAUUGUAGAUCAAACCGAUGGUGGUGUUGACUACAGCUUCGAGUGCAUUGGGAAUGUCCAAGUGAUGAGGGCCGCUCUAGAGUGUUGUCAUAAGGGAUGGGGAACAUCAGUUAUUGUAGGCGUUGCAGCAUCCGGCCAAGAGAUAGCAACCCGUCCAUUCCAGCUGGUGACAGGCCGUGUUUGGAAGGGAACUGCAUUUGGCGGUUUCAAGAGCCGCUCACAAGUACCAUGGCUCGUGGAGAAAUACAUGAAGAAGGAAAUCAAAGUGGACGAGUACAUCACCCACAAUUUGACACUUGCAGAGAUCAACCAAGCUUUUGAUCUGAUGCACGAAGGAGGCUGCCUUCGCGUCGUGCUGAAUAUGGAUGCAUAAGCUUUUUGCUAAGCGGGCUUUCAACUUUUUGUUUGGUUUGGACUCCUCCCCUCCAGUUGGAUCACUUCAAUAAGAUGCUAUUUGUUGAUUAUCUGUUUUUGGAGACAUGCAUUGUUGGCAAUCCCUAUUUUUCAUCUUUAAGCUUCCUCAUUUAUGUUUUGUCAGUAACCCAUUAAAGGUAUGGGUCUCAUCUGUGAAUUGUUGGAGGACCUAAACCCUGCAAAAAUUGAAUGAAACCCCCAUUGAACAUCCCAA